AGGUCAAGGUGUGUUUGAGUGAGGAGCUGGCGGUGGGCAGGUGCCAGGUUCGGGAGGCUCACACCAGUCGGAGUGCAGGGCGAUCUGUGAGCCACCAUUCCCCAGUGCCCCGGACCGCUCGACAUGCCCUCUCGCCCGCUGCUCCUCCUCGUCCUCCUCUCCCUCCCCUCCCUCAUCGCCCCCUCGGAAGAGGAAGGGGAGCACCAGGAGGAGACGGAGGAAGAGAUGCCGGAAUUCAACGGACCACCCACUUCACCAGAUGUGGUGCAGCCGGUCCGGGUGCUGAACACCGUCUCCGGAGCGGAAACCUUCAUCAGAUCAGUCCCCGUAGCUGUCAUCGGCUUCCUCAAGGAUAUGGAGACCACGGAGGCCGACGCCUUCAACGUCGUGGUCCAGAUGUUGAAGAGGUUGCCUUUCGCCGUGGCCUCCGACACAUCUGUCUGGAAGAAGUUCAACAUCAGCAGGAACACCAUCAGCCUCUUCAAGAAGUUCGAUGAGGGACGUGCGGACUAUCUGGUGGAGGACGGCCAACUGGAACCCAACGUGACCAAGAUAGUCAGUUUCCUACGCAUCCAUGAACUCCACCUGGUGACCGAGUACAACCACAUGGAUGCCAGCCAGAUCUUUGGGUCAGGGAUUCCUAUCCACCUCCUUCUCCUCAUCAGCAAGACGUCAAAGGAGUACCAGCCUCUCCUGGACAAGUUCAAAGGUGUCGCCGCUGAGUUUCGGGGCAAGAUCAUCUUCGUGCAAGUGGACACGGACAUGAAGCAAAACGACCGGGUCACCUCUUUCUUCAAGGUGGCCGAGCAGGACCUGCCAGCAAUCUGCGCAUUUCACGUGGUGACCAACGUGGCGAAGACGAUGCCAGCCGGAGACGGCGCGCCGGACUCGAUACGCAGGUUCUGCCUUGAUUUCAUGCAGGCCAAAGAGGAGCCUCCGAGGAAACCUCCAUCAGACGAGUUGUGAAUCAGGAGAACUGCCAUUGUCUUUGUAUCGCUGGCGUUUGCUUGCAUUGCGUGCAGCUGUUCAAAUAAAGCCAGACCAUCUGAUGAUUGGCACACCUCACAAUGGCCCUGGGUCUGACUAUAGAACAG